ACAUAAACUAGGAAACCCUGUCAGACGGACGGACGGACGGACAGGCAGACACUUUCCUCCAUUGUGCGAGUGAGUGCGAGUGUAUGUGGCCGACCACUCCAGCCACAGAGUUCGGCGGGCGCGGCCAUUACCACCACAAUGUACACAGCACAGAUUCUAACUCUUCUCGCCUCACUUGCACUGAGCAGGAGUCAAAAGUUCGACAUUUAUGGACGGCCAAAAUGCUGCUCAGACUCGCUCUCUCCUCUGAUUCAUCAGCAACAAUUUUGGCAAGACACACUGCGAGAGGCGACCUACCAGAGCAUCAUCCGCCACCUGGACUUUUCAGGGACUCUAGAUGGAAGACUGGACAGGGACCAAAGACUCUGGCGACAUCUCCGCGAGGCCAGGUAUAUUAUCGAUGAAAAUCCCUCUUUGGAGAAUGUUGCUGAAGAAAUACGCUCAGGAACUCUACUAGUAAGAUCUCAAAGCAGCACCAAACCUGAUUUUGAAUUUCAUCAAACUGACAAACCCACAUUUGAAUGUUUCAGAAACCAGUGUAACGAAAAUAACUCCUUGUUAGCUUUAUGGCGAGUGCGUAGAACCGAUAACCCUUACACCUUAUGGAUUAGAGUAAAACUUCCUACAGUAGCUGGUAGCCAAACAGAAGACAUGUAUGAGUACAAUACAAAAUACGGGCUUAAAAAAUUAAAUCCAGAUCCCUUUGAAUACAAAUCCCUUAAAGGGCAGAAGGGGCACAGGUUUUCAAUCCAGCCAAAAAAGAAGGGUGAUUUUAAAAGCAUAGAUAGAAUGGAUUUUCGUUUUCCAGGUCUAAAUAAAGGGUUCGGUAUAGGACGCAUUAUGCCGACAUCAAUUUUAUAUAAUUCCCCGAUAAAAUCUGGUAAAAUAGAGAAUGGUUGGGUUAUUUCACCUCCAAGAAAGCCCCACCCUGGAAUCAUUGUAGAAACAGGCCAAAGAAAGCCUCCCAGUAUUCCCAACUUUGACCAUUUAUCUGGCCCAUUUGUCACAUCUGGACCUCAUGGGUUUCACCACAUAAUACACAGCCUUCCGUCAAUUUCACCUCCUCAGAACUUAGACCAUCCAACACAGGAGUACAGAGGUUUCCUCCCUUCUAUAGGACCAAUUAGUCCACCUCCUCCCAUACAGGACAGAAUAUUCCUACGAUCCCCGCUAUGUUCUCUAUUAUAAGCAACCAAAUGCGGCCCCUCAUCACACAACAACCACAACUAAAAACUUCAAGCCUUCAACAGAAUUUGUAAAGUACUCUGAACUUGAUCCGUUUUACCAUCCAGAGGGUGAAUCUGGUUUAAUGCACACAUCACCAAUGCCCGAGUUUCCUCACGAAAAUUUUCAUAACACAAAACUGAACCCACCAAACUCUAUUAACGAGCAAUUGCCAAUGAAUUCACCGAUAGGAAACACAAAUCCUUCAUUCCAGAUCAUAGUUGGAGAUUUUAAUCCCAUUGAAGAUACUACAACAGAAAGUUCAUCCCCUGCAUCAACAAUCCCACCAAUGCCAGCAAUCACAGUUACACCAAAACCACCAAUUAAAAUUCCAAUAAAACCUAAUCCUGGUGUUGGAUUAAGACCAACUUACAAAGUUCCAGUGACCACAACUACCAAAAUUCCUCAAAUAACAACCAAAAAGACACCAUCUACAACUGAAAUACCUCAAACAAUAUUAUUUCAAAAAAUAC